CACCCUAUGAGUGCCCCCGCCUUCGCCAUAUCAUUUCGCAACUCUUCACGAGCGUGCCGUGAUCCAUGCCAGAAACCAGAGUCAUCUCAGUGACACAAUCAUGGUCUUUGCCUUACGAUGAUGGCGUCGGCGGGGGAGACGCACCACCGGUCCAGCACCAACACGAGCCUUCAAUUCAAGCUCAGGCGCGGUUCGAUGAGAAGCAAGAAAAUAAUUGCAUCUCGGACUCGUUCGCGACAGUGCUGCUCAACGGCCUAACAUUGGGGUCUGCCAUGGGCAUCAGGUGGAGGGGCUCGAAAACUGACCAGACACUGGAAACGACUUAUCUCAAAAUAAUCCCAAAGAUGGAAUGCAAUCUUAUUAUCUUUCGGACGCCCUUCUCAGAUUAUUUGGAUAAGAAACUUGCCCAAGAACGGUUGCGUUGGACGACGUUGAAUCCCUUUGGGUGCAUGCCAGACCUGUUCAAUCACAAAGUUAACAAGGAAGUAACUAGCAAUGACGACAGAGAUUGCCAUCAAUGCGACAAUUCCUCCAUCCUCUCGAAGGAUGUACAAGAGGCGACCCCUUGGGACGCACGCCAACUAUCAUACAUCCAGUCAACUGCCGCUAGUCAUGGCGUCCACUUUAUGAAUACGGAGACCAUCCAAGAUCUCGCUCCUCUCUUCCCACAACUCAUCUCAGGCUCUUGGCCAAGCCAAGAUCCUACCCAUACUGUUCAAGGAGAGGUUGAUGAGAGUUCUACAUCCUCCAGCAACAGUUCGGCUUGGGAAUCCGCCACGGAUGUGUCUGGGUCUGGCGAGGAAUGGUCGCCCGACACUAGCCAAAGGACAUUGUGCCUGCCCGCUCCUGAGAGAUUAGUCUCACUCAAACCGCCUCAAUUCAGCGCACAGUCGGCUCCUACAACAUUAGAUACUCGGAGAGUCUCUACUACCCGGGGAGUCCUCGCAGAGAGUGGUCCUCGAGCCCAGACAGCCCUUGCAAAUGGAUCGUCCCCCAGCCAGCCUUUUGGAAAAGCUGGCCACUUCGAGAGGGACCAAAAUGAACAAGCCUUGGACAAACCCCGCGCCAUGUUCGAUCAAAGUCAACUGGCAGAUUUUAAAGACCAUCCCGGCCACAAGGUCUGGGAAUGGGAUAAGGAGAGACUGCGGUGGCGGAGACGAGGAGGAACGACCGAAGCAGACUUGUUUCCUGAUUUCUUUGCCUAGUUCGUCAAUUUUGUUGUAUUAUGUUUGCAAAGUGUUUUAAAUGACGACAUUCUCUUUUGUCCUUUAUAUCCCUUAGAUUUCUUCCUUGGAGACGUGCGAGCAGGCUCAGCAAGAUUGCAA